GUGGAAGGUGGAAAGGGAACGGUGCAACCACUCUGUCGGGUCGCGGCAGUCGGGAACAGCGAGUGCUCGCGCUUGGACUUCAGUGUCGGAGCAACUGGUCCACGUCGUAAAGUCGCGACUAAAAAGCAUACCAAAGGAAUGUAAUCUCCAUACGAAUGACUGAUUCUCUACCCGUGUACGACGCGCUUCAAUACAAACUCUCAAUUGCCCACGUGACCACGGGACAAGCGCGUAUCGGCUGCUUUUAAAGCGCCUGAAGAGGCCGAGGACCAGUCUUUUGUAAUCGAUGGGUUGAGAACGCGAAAUUCGUGCUUUUCAGCUUUCUUCUCUUUUCGUAACCAAGGUGUAUUAGCUUACCGAUGAGCCAUGCUGAAGGUAGUAGGAGCCUCCUGGCUGCAGACACGCAUUUCUACUUACAUCCUGAUCGCCGUAGCUCUGCUGGGAAUUGGAGCUAUCAUUCUCGGCGAGUUCGGACACAGUGUUGAACAAGAUGGUACUUAUUCAGCAACCGUAUCAUGGAAUCACAAAGGAGGAUACCGCAUUGAAUUUUGGGGACAAGGCAAUGAUUUAGCUGCCGUGGCGAUGCACGCUGCACGCGCUUAUUAUAAAACUGGAAUUUUCGAAAACGGGUGGUCUUACAUCGAAAUAGAAACAUCGUCAAAAUACCCAGACACAGUGCAAGCAUACGCCGCCGGUCUUUUAGAAGGCAGCCUCACUUGGCAGUUGAUCCAUCAUCAUUGGUACAACACCAUCAGAACCGAGUGCGAAGCGAAACCUGUCGAGUGCCGAAAGUUAAGGCGGUAUCUUCGAGACAACACCGCUGUUAUCCGCGAACGCGCCGAACUGUUGGAAUCUACGGAUCCUUUUUGGCAUAUGGUACGAUUGUUUUACACGCAACUGGACGGACUGGAAGCUGGCUGGAAAUUCGCUGUACGCCGCAGCCGCGUAUCGGUGUCGAUGGAAUCGGAAGAUUUCCUUUGGCUGGCCCUAGCUUCCGACAUACCCGGCUUUCAACAAGUGUUCAAUAUUUCAGACAUUCCUAUGAGUUCCAUGAUCUAUUUCAAAUCACUCCCGAGAGACGAUUCUGAACCGCUAAUCGCGAUUGGUCAUAACACCGCUGCACCAUACACAAAAAUGCUGAGACUCGUCAAGAAAUACACGUUCGGUUAUCACGUGUUACCAUUGUUGAAAACUUCUGCAUUGACUCCCAGCCGAUCGAUAGUAAUGUCAUCCUAUCCAGGAGCGUUAUCAUCGGCGGAUGAAUUUUAUUUUAUACGCGGUGAAAAUCGUGAAUUGAUCGUUACCGGAACAUCGUUACUCGCAACGAAUCGCAGCGAGUGGAGCUUCUUACAUCCAAAAGAUCAUGUGAUGCUAUCCGUGAGAUUAAUGACGGCGAAUCGUUUAGCAACAAACGGUCAAUCUUGGUUUGACAAUAUAUCUCAUCAAAAUGGCGGUGCUUCCGCGUUACAAUGGAUCGUCUUUGAGCCACGUUCCACGACCAUGUUGUUGGUAGAACAAUUGCCAAGCGUUACCGUCGCCAUGAAUUACACGGAGGAAUUCAAGAAAGCCGGUUAUAUAUCUUACUUAGGUACAUCGAAUUUUCAAAACGUCAACGAUAUCGUACGACCUGCCAAAAAAGAUAUAAGCUCCUGGAGAGCACGUUUGUCGCGUUUGCAAGAUAAUGUCACCACAUUUGACCAAUUUCGGAACAUGAUGCGUGGGUGCAGCCAGGAAGAUUGCACUGCCGAGAAUCAGAAUUCAAAAUUCGAUCCACUGCAGGAAUUGACCUAUCGCGGAGAUCUGGAAGACGAACCGUUACCGUACGGUAUUAUAGAUACGAAAAUUUUGGCCAUCGACGCCGAUGCUUUGGAAACAUUCGAAACUACUUCGGGACCCGCUACGUCGCAAUCGCGAACGCCUUUCAAAUGGUCUGAAAGAUUUCCCAAUAUCUCGCAUAUAGGACACCCAGAUACCUUCAAUUUCGAAAGUGUCACACCUAAGUGGGUUUGGGUUUGAUUAAUGUAAUUAACAAUUAACAUAUUAUUAAACUGUACUUAUAAUCUUAUAAGCCAUAUAUCGAAUUUCUAUUAAUAUUUUAAAGAAUCUAUACGACGGCGAAGUCAAUUCCUUGCACAUUGGAUUUCACAUUUUUUUUAGAGAAAAUGCUCGAUAUCGGUGUUUAAACGUAAUCAUUUUGUCUAUUUUUAAAGCUGGCUCAUAUGUUAGCCACCUGUGGUAAAAUUUGUAUGAAAUAAAAUAAAAAUAUAACAAUUUC